AGCCAAAUGAACCAAGCACAAGCCAGCUACAUAAAAAUGGUUUCCUUGGCCAACCUCUUGUUGUCCAUCCAACUCCUCUUGAUCACCUUCUUUCUCAUCCCCUCCUCCCAAGCAGCCGUCUUCGAAAUCCGCAAUGACUGUCCUUACACUGUUUGGGCAGCAGCCAGUCCCGGUGGUGGUCGCCGCCUAGACCAUGGCCAAAGCUGGACCCUCAAUGUGGCAGCCGGCACUGCCAUGGCACGUAUUUGGGGCAGAACAAGUUGUAAUUUUGAUGCUGGUGGUCGUGGCCAUUGCAAGACCGGGGACUGCGGUGGGGUCCUAGACUGCAAAGGCUGGGGUGCCCCUCCUAACACUCUAGCUGAAUACGCCCUAAACCAAUUUGGAAACAAGGAUUUCAUUGACAUCUCCCUAGUGGACGGGUUCAACAUCCCCAUGGACUUCAGCCCAACUUCUGGAGGGUGUCGAGGAAUUAAGUGCACCGCGGACAUCAACGGGCAGUGCCCGGGGGAGUUGAAGGCGGCAGAUGGGUGCAAUAACCCGUGUACAGUUUUCAAGCGCAAUGAAUAUUGCUGCACUCAAGGGCAAGGGAGCUGUGGACCAACCAAUUUCUCAAAGUUUUUCAAGACUAGGUGCCCAGAUGCUUAUAGUUACCCUCAGGAUGAUCCUACAAGCACAUUUACAUGCCCUGGUGGGACUAAUUAUAGGGUUGUGUUUUGCCCAAGAGGGUCUCCUCGUUUCCCUCUUGAGAUGGUUGGAAGUUUAAGCGAGGAGUGAAAGAACUAGUAUCUGAUCGAGGCUUUGAGAGCUUCGUCAAAAUAAGAUCUGAGUUUGUUUUUGUUUUUUUUUUGUUUUUUGUUUUUUUGUUUUUUUGUUUUUUGUGCUCAGCUCAGCUGUAUAAUAGAAAACGAAUUGAAAUAAGACUGCAAGUUCUUUUCAUCAAGGAAA